GUUUUUCUGUCUGAAGAGAAAGCCAAUUCUAUUCUAAAGCGCUUCCCCAGAGCUAAUGGGUUCCUCGAAGAGAUCAAGCAAGGCAACAUUGAGCGGGAGUGCAAAGAAGAAUUGUGCAGCUAUGAAGAGGCGAGGGAAGCCUUCGAGAAUGACGAGAAGACUAAAGAGUUUUGGAAAGAGUACACCAGAGGACAUGGGGACUCAAGCUCGGACAGCAACUGGUAUCCGUUUUACCUGGCCUUCCCUUUAAUCACAGUCUUCUUUGUUGUUGCUCUGGUUCUCCUGCUAUUGUGGAAGUGUGUAUUCAGAAACAAAGCAUGCCGAAGAACUGCCUAUGCCACCAGAGGUGCCAGAGAAAAUACGGCUGAGACUGGAGAUAGUGAAGGAGUUUCUAGUCAUGCUCAGCAGCACUCUAAUAUGUUGUGUGCAAUGGAGGAUGGUUUUGAAAGGACUGGGAACCCAAGUGGAUUGAUCGAUUAUGAUGUACGGUCAGAUACGCUGUCAGCUGGAUUUUCUUCGAACUGUGACGCACCACCUUCUUAUGAAGAAGCCACUGGAACAAGGGGUGUAAGAGUAAGUGAGCCACAACAAAGUCCCAAUGAGCCACCGCCACAAUACGAAGAAAUAGCUACUUGUGCCUCUGUAAUCACAAUACCUCAAGAGGGGACAACCAGUCCUAAGUAG